AUGGCGCUCAUCCCAUCCCAGAUUCUAAGAGUGGCAAUUCUCUUAUCUUAUUUCUCAAUCAUCUGCAAUUAUAAGGCUAUUGACAUGCCCGCGCAUCAAACUUACGGCGGUAGCUGGAAGUUUCUAACGUUCAUAGAUCUGGUCAUCCAGACAGUAUUCUUUGGUGUGUGUGUGCUAACAGACCUAUCCAGCCUCCUGACCAAGGGCAGUGCCAAUCAGGAGCAGGAGAGACAACUGAGGAAGCUGAUCAGCCUACGGGAUUGGAUGAUGGCUGUGCUUGCUUUUCCUGUUGGAGUGUUUGUGGUGACCAUGUUUUGGGCUCUGUACCUUUACGACAGAGAUCUGGUGUAUCCAAGACUCCUGGACAACUUCAUACCACAGUGGCUGAAUCAUGGAAUGCAUACAACCGUGCUUCCUUUUAUCAUCAUUGAGAUGAGGACAACGCACCAUCAGUAUCCCAGCAGGCUGUGUGGACUCCUGGCAGUGUGCACUUUUGCAGUGGGAUAUGUGCUAUGGAUGUGUUGGGUGCACAACAUGACUGGAGUGUGGGUUUAUCCUCUGUUGGAGCAUAUUGGCCCCAUGGCCAGGGUAGCCUUCUUCUCCUGUCUGACCGUGCUCGUCAGUAUUUACUACAUUGUAGGAGAGAUUCUCAACAAUUACAUCUGGGAUUCCUCAAAGUGUGUGCUGGACUCAGACAAAGAUAAAACGGACUGA